AACAUGUCAUGAAUUUGACCGCGCGAAAUUUGAGAAUUUGAGCGAGCAGUGUUUUUGUUUGCUCUUUCACUUCAAAUUUUGAAUAUCAGAGCGUAAGUUUUAGCCUACUUUAACGAUAAACAGAUUUAAAGUGCUUUAAUGAAGUAGAAUGGCGCCAAAAAGAAAUCGAGAAGUCCUAAAGAAGGUCUGCAGAACCAAACGAUGCAAACCCGUCUUGCCCGACGUACCUUUAAAUACAUCCAUGUCAAUUGAAGAGCAAGAAAAUAAAAUGAACGAUUAUAUCGAAGAUUUUCUACUCCAAGUGAAGAGCAAGCGUGAGAAAAUGAUAAAAUGCAUCCAAAAAGCUAAAGCACUGAUCGGGAAUGCUUAUAAGAGUGCAACCAUUGAAAUUGUUAAGAGUGUACGCAAAAUGACAUUUGAAGAAUUUCUAAAUAACGGAGGAAAUGUUGAUUUAGCCAUUAGUGCUCAGGUGACAGCGUCCAUAACAGAAUUAGCUUCCACAUCAGCAUCGGUAACUGGCAACAUGCCUGUUGAGCAAAGAAUGCCAUUGUCAAACCUCUCUAGCGAAAUCAAUAGCUCAGGAUUCGUUUUGGAUCAGUCGACUAUGGAGAAUGGCUUUUCGAGUAAUGUUCAAACUGUGGGAAAAUCAAACCGAAGCCGCAAGCGAAACACAGCAAUAACAUCUCCUCGUCGUACAAGGUCUAGUCGGCGCUUGCAGGGAAAGACGUCAGCGACUCCAGCCUUGAAUUUUAUCACUCCAAUCCCGAAGUCGACCACCCUCACUGCUUUAACUAAAGACAUAUUAAUUACCCCCAAGUUUGAUCCAAGGUUACCUAUACCUGCUACAAGAAUGAGAGCUCCGAAACCUGGAGAGAGAGUAAUAUCCAUGACUGGAUCACCCCUGACCAAUUAUGUUGGGCCUUCGAACCACAAUGCUCCGAAGGUCAUCAUACCAUUAACAGGAGGAAAGACAUUGCAACUAAGUGUAGAUGAGAAUUCAUCGCUUAGUGCUCAAGAGAUUGAUGUGGCAAGCGACAACGUAGCGCAAAAUAAUAUACGAUUACUCCAGGAAAAGCUCUCAAAGAUGUUGAAGAUGCCAAAGUAAUGCAAUUGAAGUGAUAUCAAGGAAUUUUGCUAAGUACCUGCGUCUAUAGAUGAUUUUUUUAUGUAUGAAUCUCUCCCUCCCGCGCCAGAAUCGACGCGAAAUUAUUGAGAUUUUGCUUUCUUAAACUGAGGAUGAAUGGAACUUCUGUUUCUAUACAUCUCACUCUAAAUUUAGCGAUUUCAAGUGACCGAUAGCUGUUAUUCAUCCUAGUAGGGAGAGAGAGAAAUUUAUUUAAUGACCAAUAGCCAUCAAUCCUUAAAUUUAGGGAGAUAGUUCUAUCCAUGCUCAAUGAAAUAAAAUUGUCGGCUUGUAA